GCGCGCCCCUAUACUUGGUGUUGCAUGUCAGCAGUGUCUUCUGUAUCUUUGACAGAGAUAGUCAUCACUGGCAUUCCUGGAUUGGAAAAAACAAACAAACUGUGUGGCGUUUCAGUUCAAUUGCCACUUCCCAAUUUCGACUCUGACUACUGCCACGCCCACAGGGCAUCUCAUCACCUCUCCACAACCUUUGCUUCAUUAUCUCAGCUUCAGCCUGCUCUUUCAGUCAGAGACCAGGACCAUGGAGUAUGAUAACGAUAGCCACAGGUCGAUGAUCAGGAGGGACAGCCUCAGCAGGGAGAUCGACCUCACCAACAGAGACCCCAAGCAAAUCAAUGAGGAUGUGGUCAAGGUCUCCUUUGAAGAUGUGAUCGCAGAACCUGCUGGGACACACAGUCUGGGUGGAGUGUGGAAAGCCAGCUACGUCACCUUCACAGGGUCAAAGUACUGCUGUUAUCGCAUCCUGACCACCUUGUUUGGCAUCCCUUUGUCAGUGUUCUGGGGCUUUGCGUUUGCUUGUCUGUCAUUCUGGCACAUCUGGGCUGUUGCUCCCUUCAUUAAGACUGUUAUGCUUGAGUUACAAUGCCUGACUCAACUCAACUCAAUGUUCAUACGCACCUACGUUAGCCCACUCUUUGAGGCAAUGGGGAAAAUAUACAGCGAUGUGAGGGUUUUCUUACACAAGGAGGGAUAAGUGCUGAGUAGCUGCUUUACUCUGGCACGAAGACCAUUUACUGGACAUUUCACUGACUUUGACAAGAUCCACGAAACAUCUGGUGGCAAAAAUGACAAGAUGCGUGUCAUUUUUGUUUGUUAGUUCACAUGUUGAGCUGAUUUAAUGUCUAUUACUGGAUGGAAUUAUACUAAUGUCCUGUUUUAUUAACACAAUGAAAAUUGUCUAAGCAUGGAUUUCACUCUUUUUACUCUAUAUUGAUGCAUGGGUGGAUUAUGAGACAGUGGGCUCCUGGGCCUAACACCUCUGCUACACAGGAGCAAGACAGUUUUAUGUCUCCUUGUGGCUGUUUUGUGUCCAUUUGUAGCCAUUUUUUUUGUCUCUUUGAUAUAAUUUUGUGUCUGUUUGAUAUACUUUUGUGUCUAUUUGUAGUCAUUUUGAGUGUCUUCUUGGGGGGAAGGGGUGAGGGGUGCUGACACUGUGGGCCCCUGGGCCUGUGCCACAUAGACAUGGUCAGUAAUCCAUCCAUGUAUUUAUUUAAGCUGUCAAACUUCAAAUAAAUCAUGUUUUAAGUUCAAUACAAUGGUUCCUUGCACUAAAUUAAAGUAAUUUCCCACAUACCAUGACAGAAAGAUUUGAGCAUCAGUGAGUUGUGUC